GACGAUGUUCCCACAGCCAGAGAUCUGAUGUUGCGGUACGGAACUAACAAGAAAACCACCAAGCGCAAGAAGAAACUGGAAAAAGCGAUGAAGGUGCUCAAGAAACAAAAGAAGAAGAGCAAGCCAGAGGUGUUCAACUUCUCUGCUAUUCACUUGAUUCAUGAUCCCCAAGACUUUGCAGAGAAGCUGCUGAAGCAGCUGGAGAGCUGUAAGGAGCGAUUUGAAGUGAAGAUGAUGCUCAUGGACCUUAUAUCUAGGCUGGUUGGAAUACAUGAGCUUUUUCUUUUUAACUUCUACCCCUUUGUUCAGAGAUUCCUACAGCCUCACCAGAGAGAAGUGACAAAGAUUCUUCUGUUUGCUGCACAAGCUUCACACCAGCUAGUACCACCGGAGAUUAUCCAGUCAGUGUUAAUGACAAUUGCCAACAACUUUGUCACUGACAAGAAUUCUGGGGAGGUCAUGACUGUAGGAAUCAAUGCAAUAAAAGAAAUCACUGCACGAUGUCCGUUAGCCAUGACCGAAGAUCUGCUCCAAGACCUCGUUCAGUACAAGACUCAUAAAAAUAAAAAUGUGAUGAUGUCAGCAAGAACUCUGAUACACCUUUUCCGUUCGCUGAAUCCAGAGAUGCUGCAGAAGAAAUUCAGGGUAGGUCCUACUGAGGCCUCCGUGGAAGCCAGGAUUCAUGAAUAUGGAGAACUGGAUGCCAAAGAUUAUAUUCCAGGGGCAGAAGUACUGGAUGUUGAGGUUCAAAAGGAAAAUGGAGGAAACCAAGAGGAAGAUGGAUGGGAAAGUGCUAGUCUGAGUGAGGAGGAGGAUAAUGAAGAUGGAGAAUGGAUUGACGUGCAUCACUCUUCAGAUGAGGAGCAGCAAGAAGUAGCAGAGAAGGUGAAAAGCAUGCCUGUAGAGGAACGAAAAGCCAAAGCUGCAGCAGUCAGUACAAGCAGGCUGCUCACUCAAGAGGACUUCCACAAAAUACGUCUUGCCCAGCUCUCCAAAGAACUUAAUUCUGCACCUGGCAAAGGUGCAAAGAGGAAGAAUAUCGAAAUAGAUGAUGAAGAGGAGGAGGGCAGGGGAGAGUUGCUUUCACUCAGAGAUAUUGAACAUCUGCAUAAGAAGCCUAAAUCGGACAAGGAGACCAGACUGGCAACUGCAAUGGCUGGAAAAACAGACAGAAAAGAAUUUGUGAAAAAGAAAACAAGAAUUAAUCCAUUUGCCAGCUCUUCCAACAAAGAAAAGAAGAAGCACAAGAACUUCAUGAUGAUGAGAUACAGCCACAGCGUCCGGACAAAAAAUAAGCGUUCUUUCAGGGAAAAACAGCUGGCUCUUCGCGAUGCACUUCUGAAAAAGAGAAAACGCCUGCUGAAAUAA